AUGGAAUUUACUGCUGGGAUAAAUGUUGAUAUAGGAUCACAUACAAAUAACACUUGUUUUUCUGGAUUUUUAUCUAUUGCAAAGAAUGUAUAUCUCUACAUCAAUGGAAAAGAUUACUACAAUGAUAAGACUAAUCAUGAACAAGGUUUAAGCUCUCUAUUUUAUCUGUACAGUAUAAUUGAUGUAUGGCCAAAUAUAAAAUGUGGUUCAGAAAAUAAAACAGCUUCAGAAUAUCUCUCCCUAAGCCUCAAAUCUAAAAGCUAGUUAGAUUAAUACAUAUCCAAGAAGUUUAAUAGUCAAUUCUAAUCAUCUAAUCAAACUGUAGUAAAUCAAACAUCUAAUUCUACAAACUACACGAUAAGCAAUACAACAUUGGAGUUAAUCAAGUAGAUACUGACCUAUUUCCCCUAUAUAGAUUUUAUAGCUAUAGUCCCAGACUUUUAUACUUACAUAGCUAAAGCUAAGUAAUUGUUUAGUAGCAGUACAGACUUUGAAGGUGGCUUUGCUUUAGGGAAAGGAUUAAUCAAUUUCACUGUUGUAGGUGUAAUUAUUUGUUUAAUAAUAUAUGAUUAAGAACAGCAAAACCCAACCAGAUUUUUCUAAUUAGAUUUUUUAGAGCAAUAUUACUUGAAAUAUUUAUAAUUUUGA